UCCAUUUCCCACAGUCUGCCGCCCGCCCACCCUCCCUCUCUUCCCUGUUCCCUCUGCCCCCCACACCCGGCCGUCAAAGAAGAGGAGACGAGAAAGCAAAGCUAGCACAAGCAAGGCGUCGUCCAAAUCCAAAUCCAAAUCCAAAUCCCAAUCCAUGGGGAUCGUGGAGGAGGCGCACAACCUGCGGGUGGUCGGGGAGGGGAAGCGCGGGGUGAUCGUCCUCGCGCACGGCUUCGGCACGGACCAGUCCGUGUGGAAGCACCUGGUGCCGCACCUCGUCGCCGACUACCGCGUCGUCCUCUUCGACACCAUGGGCGCCGGCCCGACCAACCCGGACUACUUCGACUUCGCCCGCUACGCCACCCUCGAGGGCUACGCGCUCGACCUCCUCGCCAUCCUCCAGGAGCUCGGGGUCGCCUCCUGCAUCUACGUCGGACACUCCGUCUCCGCCGUCAUCGGCGUGCUCGCCUCCAUAUCCCGCCCCGACCUCUUCUCCAAGCUCGUGCUCCUGUCCGCCUCUCCCAGGUACCUCAAUGAUGUGGACUACUAUGGGGGCUUUGAGCAGGAGGAACUUGAUGAGCUCUUUGAAGCAAUUAGAUCAAACUAUAAAGCCUGGUGCUCAGGUUUUGCGCCACUCUGUGUCGGAGGCGACUUGGAAUCAGUGGCAGUCCAGGAGUUCAGCCGAACUCUCUUCAACAUCCGUCCAGACAUUGCCCUGAGUGUUGCCCAGACGAUCUUCCAGAGCGAUGUUCGCAGCCUCCUCUCCCUCGUCACGGUUCCAUGCCACAUUGUUCAGAGCACCAAAGACCUUGCAGUCCCAGUUGUGGUGUCAGAGUAUCUUCACAAGCAUCUUGGCGGUGACUCCAUCGUUGAGGUGAUGCCCUCCGAGGGACAUUUACCACAGCUUAGUUCACCAGACAUCGUCACCCCUGUCUUGCUCCGACACAUCCAGCAUGACAUUGCAUUCUAGGUUCUGCAACCAUUCGUCCUGGAAACUGUUGAUCGGAAGCUGUAUGAUAUGUAUCUUAAUUAAUCAUUCGAUGUAGGACUACACAUUCUGUUGCCAUAAUAAGAUUCGCCGCAUGCAAAUUGUUGGCGGUGGAAACUGUUAGUCUACAUUGUAAAUCAUUGCACAAAAUAAGCAUGUUGGACCUAGGGGGUGGGCAUUCCGUCAUGACCGGAAGUUCGGUCUUGUAAUUUCGGUCUUUUUUCGAUUCGGUCCUUAAAAUAUGAAACCCAAACUUUACUGUGAAA